AAAUAUGGUGGUAAUAGGGCGGAUGCAAGAAGGGCAAUAUACCCAGACGAUCUACACAUACAUAAAGCAGGCACAGUAUGUAGAAGCUAUAGACUGUCUCCUGCCAGAGUACGAGAAUAACAACACUUCCAGAGCGGCUCUCUCUCUUCUGGGCUACUGUUACUACCAGAUAGGAGACUUUGUCAGUGCUGCUGAUUGUUACGGACAGCUUAUACAGAUAUUCCCUGAACACGAGCAGUACAAGAUCUACUACGCUCAGUCCCUCCAGAAGAGCUGUCAGUAUGAACCAGCAAUGAAGGCUUCUUUUACAGUUGACAGCCCCACUUUGAAGGAGAAAGUAGUGAAACUUCAGGCUGCUAUCAAGUACGAUGAGGAUGACCUUCCCGGGGCUAAAAGUAUGGUCGAGCAAUGUGCUAGUGAUGACCCUGAUACUGAAAAUAACUUAGGUUGUUUACUGGUAAAGGAGAAACGCUACGCUGAAGCUUGUAAGAAGUUUAACGCGGCAAUGAAUGUGAAGGGCUACCAACCUCAUCUCUCUUACAACAUUGCACUCUGUCACUAUUACAUGAAACAGUACGCACUGGCACUCAAAAACAUAGCUGAUAUCAUUGAAAAGGGAAUAAGGGAACACCCCGAACUAUCUGUUGGUAUGCAAACUGAAGGUAUAGAUGUUAGAAGUGUAGGUAACUCUAUGACGCUCCACGAGACUGCGUUGGUGGAAGCGUUCAACCUUAAAGCGGCUAUAGAGUACCAGCUAAAGAACUUUGAGGGAGCGCAGGAGGCUCUGACUGACAUGCCGCCCAGAAGUGAGGAGGAACUGGACUGUGUCACUCUGCAUAAUCAGGCUCUGAUGAACAUGGACAGUUCUCCCACGACAGGUUUUGAGAAACUGCAGUUCCUUUUACAACAGAACGAGUGUCCUCCUGAGACCUUUGGGAACCUGCUUCUCUUAUACGUUAAACAUCAGUACUUCGAUCAGGCUGCUGAUGUUAUGGCAGAAAAUACGCAUCUCACUUUUAAGAUGGAUCCGUAUCUUUAUGAGUAUCUAGACGCCAUCAUAGUGCAGCAGUCAUCUCCAGAAGAGGCAUUCAGACGAUUUGACGACAUAGCUAACCGACACACGGACAAUCUGAGGAAGAUAACAAAACUAGUUCAGGAAUGCAGACAGAACAACGACGAGGAUGCGGUAAAGAAAGCGGUUAACGAGUAUGAUGAGGCACUGGAGAAAUAUAUUCCCGUUCUUAUGGCGCAGGCUAAGAUAUACUGGGACAAGACGAACUACAACAUGGUGGAGAAGAUAUUCCGGAAGAGUGUAGAAUUCUGUAACGAACACGACUCCUGGAAACUGAACGUGGCCCACGUGCUUUUCAUGCAGUACUCACAUCCGCCGUCAAUCACUCAGGAGAACAAGUACAAAGAAGCGAUUGGUUUCUACGAGCCGAUUGUAAAGAAACAUUACGACAACAUUCUUUCUGUCAGUGCGAUUGUUCUUGCUAAUCUGUGUGUCAGCUACAUCAUGACAAGUCAGAACGAAGAAGCGGAAGAUCUUAUGAGGAAGAUAGAGAAAGAAGAAGAACAGAUGGGAUACGAGGAUCCUGAGAGGAAGAUCUACCAUCUCUGUAUUGUGAACCUAGUUAUUGGUACACUUUACUGCGCUAAAGGUAACUUUGAGUUCGGUAUUACGAGGGUCAUAAAAUCGAUGGAGCCGUAUUCUAAGAAAUUGGGUAUGGAUACUUGGCACUACGCCAAACGUUGCUUCCUCGGACUCAUCGAAAACUUAGCUAAACACAUGAUCAUGGUGAGAGACGUGGUACUGCAGGACUGUAUCCAGUUUCUUGAACACGCUGAACUGUACGGUAAAAACGUGGCCUGUAGAAUCGCUCCUCCGCUCAGCUCCGCUACCAUACAUGAGUUACAGGGGAAGAAUACUGUAACUUACGAAGCCCGGCUCAUCAAGGGACUCCUACUGCUAGUUUGUGACUUGUAAAGUUGUAAAACGCAAGGAAAGAUCUUAAAAGGAUAGCUCUAAGACCGUGGAGUGGGACAUACACUAAAUAUAUUAUUUAUUUAAGUUAACCAGAUGUCAGAUAAAUGAGUAUUUUUAAUUUUCAGAACACAAUUCUACCCAAAUUUAGAUCAUAUUAUAAUAAGUGCACUAUGAUAUGCCCAUUCUGUGCAUUGUAUUAAAACGACGCAUGUCUCACCGUGUAGUGUAUUAUAAACAUGUAUAUUGUAUAAUGUAUAUAUUGUAUAAUGUAUAUGAAAGCUGUUGAUUAUUUAAGCACCUGUACAAAUGUAUUUUUUGUUUUGUCUA